ACGUUGAGGGAGAGAGGGAUAAACGGAGACAGAGAACAAAGAAUAGGGUGAAAGGGAAGAGAGAAGAGGGAGAUCUGGAGGGAGGAAAAGAGCGCCGGGGAGGGGGAGAGCUCACCGCCGCUAGGACACCCAGCUACCGUCGCCGCCGCCGUUCGCGAAGAGGGAAGAGAGAGCUCACGGGUAAGAGAGGAAGCGUCGCGCUAGCCACUGAACUUGCGUUCGUCGUCGUCUUCGCGGGUUCCUGUCGCCACCGUCGUCCCCGCCGUGAAGCCUGUCGCCGUUGCUGUAGCUGUCAGCGUCGUCGUCCAUGGGUGAAGCAGAGGAGAGAGAUCCACGAGGAAGGGAGGACCGCGCCCGUCCAGCCGCCGCGCACAGUCGCCGCUCAUGUUGCCAGCGUCAUCCCCGUCAGAUCCGCCGUUGUCGAAGCUUCUGGCCGUGCCUCUGUCGCCGAACAACACCACUGCCGCUUGGAACCCCCAUUGAAGUCGGUAUCUGUGUGCUAAGCGCUAAGCUUGCUUCAUCUUCUUUGUCUAUUAAGUUGGUUUUUAUCGUGAGGGUGGUUGCUGAGAUUAUCUGUGUCAGGAUGUAUGAUCACAUGGUCACAGCAAGUUUUUCUGUCCUGCGCCACCAUUGGAGCCGCCCAACCGAUGCUAAAAUCGCUGCUGCUCUGUGUUCUUUUAUAGGAUCAAUAGCCGAGCUUACAUGUAGCGAUUGAGGCUGUUUUUGCUUUUGGGAAAGCAAGCGGAGCAGAUGCUUCAGUUGCCGCUGAUUUUGGGCUGAGAGAAACGAGUUCAGUUGACGCGUUUGGAUUAUGGUUUUGCGUGUCGAGGUAGGGGUUUUCUUAAAAUCUAUUUUAUAUUACAAAGUUGUGAUAAAUAGAUAUUGAUGCAAAGAGAUUUACUUCUGUGAUUAUAUUUGUCUUAUGGAUGUGAUGGUUUGUUGGACUGAAUUAUUGAGUGCUUGAUUGCGUGAGUGGUGUGUGAUUGUGGAUAAAAACCGGUUUGGAAUGUCAUUUACUUGAUUAUUGAGAAAGGUGGAUUUUCUUGGUUUUAGAGUUUACUUAGUAAUAUAAAUGAAACGAUUUUGGAAAUAAUUUGAGAUAUGAAAAUAAAUUGAUUCUGGGAGCGAUUUGAUUGUGAAUUAGUUUGAUUUUAUGAAUGAUUUAAUAUUUGAGCUGAUUCGAUUUUAAAAAGAGUUUUAUUGUUAGAAUUGGUUGAUUUCAAAAUAAUUUGACAUUGGAACUGGUUCAAUUCUGGAAAAUGUUUGAGAUUUAAAAAUGGUUGAGAAAAAGGUUUGAGAAAUGUUUGGAUGGGACCCGAAAAGGGUGGCAGUGUCCGAGUUUUAGAGGAGAUGCUGGCGAAAUUUUAUAAAAUUGGAAGUUUUAUUUAAAGUAAUUAAUUAAAAGGAUUUGGUUUUAAGCAUUAUACGUUUUAAGAUUGAUUUGUCUAUCAAAUAAAGAAUUUUGUUUUGGAAUUGAGAUUGUUAACAAACAGAAUGAAAAAGAGGAUGAUGAGAAUUUUAUUUGAAAUAUGGCUUUGAAAUGAACUUGGAAAUGAGAUUUGGAUUGAUGAAUGAUUAUGAUG